AUUGAACAUGACUUGAUCAGACAAAUAUGAUCGGUUACCUUAAGCUUUGUUUACUGUCGUUACCAAGUGAAAAUAUUGGAUACAAUAUAAAAGGGGCUCCGUGCAUAAAUAUAGCAUUACUAUUGCGGUUAUCAUUUAGAGGUGAAAAUUUCGUCUGCACAGAUACUUAAAGACGAAAACAUGGCUCGCCUUGCCUUUAGCAGAUUGAAGAUCAUAAUUUUGAUACUUGGAUUGACUGGUCAUAUUUGUUGCGCAGCUAAGAUAUCGGAGACGUCAUGUACUAGCAAUGGCGAUUGCACCGUUCAAGAUUCAGUAUGUGACACAGUGAAAUCUAAAUGUAAAUGUAACACUGGCUUUGUAGAAGAUACACCCGGGACAGCAUGCGUUUCCAGCGGUGGUCAAACACAUACUACUAAGAUAUCGGAGACGUCAUGUACUAGCAAUGGCGAUUGCACCGUGCAAGAUUCAGUAUGUGACACAGUGAAAUCUAAAUGUAAAUGUAACACUGGCUUUGUAGAAGAUACACCCGGGACAGCAUGCGUUUCCAGCGGUGGUCAAACACAUACUAAGGUAGAUAGUACGGUUUGUACAGCACAAGGAACCGAAUGCAACUCUAUAGAUCAUGCUGAGUGCGACUCCACAGCACAAAAGUGUAAAUGCAGUGACGGAUUCAAGAUGAAUGCUGACAAGUGUAUCGCCGCAGAAAAAAAACGCAGGUGUGUCAACAACUUUGGCAUUUGUCGUGCUUGCACUUCCUGUUAUCCUGUCAAUAAAGGAGGCGCUUAUGUAAAGUUGGCAAGGUAUAUGAACGGUUUAAGCAUUGGUGUGACUGCUCGAAUCGUUAUUUAUGGUGUGCAAACUUCGUCUUUAUUUUGUUUUUCUUUUCAAAAGACUGUUUUAGAUGUGUGUAAUUUGGAAUAAUGUUCUGUUUUUUUAAUUUGAACUUUAAACAAAGAAGGAAAUGAAAUAAUUUUUUACUGAUACAUAAUUAACUUUUUAAUGGUCAAGACUAUAUUAAAUAUUAAUGUAUUAACGAUAGAUAAAAUCAAACAUCUGUAACACUUGCUUGUCUAAAUCUAGGAUUUCCUGUGUUGGAUGAAGUUUAUAAUACAUACUUGACUUAUGAAAAUACAGGAGAUAUGAUGAGAUUUGGCAAGGUCUAAAAUUAAACAUUCUUAUUACACAUUAGAUGUUUGUAGAAUAGAAAUAAAGUUUAUGAAAAUA